GUUCACUUUUGCUCUGCUUAUUUUGGAGAUGGGAGUCUCACAAACUAUUUGCCUGAGCUGGCCUCAAACCUUCAUCCUUUGGAUCUCAGUCACCUUAAAAAAUAUUUGUUGAAUUGAUCAGUGUUGGGUCACUUUGAAAUUGGGCUGCAUUUACAAAUUACACUGUGGUCAGCUGACCGCAUUUUGAGGCUGAACCCAGAGUGGUUAAUGAACACUUCCCCAUCUUUGGAUUGGCUGGGGGAGGUGUGCUCCCUUGCUGUGUGGACCUGGCAUUUCUGUCUUCCCAGUUUGGGACCAUCAACUGUCUGGAGCGAUGGCCACUGUCUCUUUCUUUGUGACGAUGAAGGAAAAUGGUAUUGUGCUUUCUGACCUGCUGGAAAGGUUUUCAGGAAGAUGGAACCAGGACUGAAAGUUCCUAUGAGCACCCUAGAUCUUUAUUUUAUUGAGGACCACAGUGACUGCUUGGCCAGCAGUGGCCACAGCUCCCACGCGGACUUGGGUGCUCGCAUUUGGAGGACAGAUAGCCCUGGUAACUUGCAGGUAAAAAUCCUGUGCUUCUGUCUUGCCAGCUGGAGAUGUUCUCUUCUAAGUUUUGAUAGUUGGACCUGCUUUGGGUGCUUGGCUCUUUGAACUGCCCUGGUCUGGGUGUCCUACAUGACAUUCCUGGCGGCACACUCUCAGGGAAGGGAGCAAAGUGGAAAGUGGGCAGGUGUGGGUUCCUUCAUCAGUUUCUUUCAAGGAUUCCCAAACUGGCCUAGGCUCAAACUGCCCACCUCGGCAUGACCAUGGGUUCAGCGUUCUCUCUUGCAAAGAAGGCGCCCUGCCCUGUCAUGGUGGACCUCACCUUAGUGCCUUUGGGACCUCCCCAGCCCAGUCCCCUCCCCAGCGGUGACCCAGCCCAGCCAGCCUGAGCUGUCAGCGAGCUGCCCCCGCAGGCACGAACAAUAUCUUUUCUAUUUGGAGUUGACCCCGCUGCCCUUCGGAGAUCCAGAGCGAAACGUGAGCUCCUGCCCAGCGCGGGGGAGGCGCCACGCGCGGGUCCCGUCGCGGUGCUUGGCGGAGGUGGCCGCGCCCGGUCACUGCUCCGAGGCCGGGGGUCUGACGACGCCCGGUGCACCAAGCCGCCCGACCACCGCCGCGACUGGACUGCGGCCCCGCCAUGGCUGCCCGGCUGGGCGCGCUGGCCGCGUCGGGGUUGUACCGGCGGCGCCAGCACCGGCCGAGCCAGACGCCCAUCGCGUCCGGCAACAUGUCCGACGCCUUGGCCAAUGCUGUGUGCCAGCGCUGCCAGGCCCACUUUGCCCCUGCCGAGCGCAUCGUCAAUAGCAAUGGGGAGCUGUACCAUGAGCACUGCUUCGUGUGCGCCCAGUGCUUCCGGCCGUUCCCUGAGGGGCUCUUCUACGAGUUUGAGGGCCGGAAGUACUGUGAACAUGACUUCCAAAUGCUGUUUGCUCCAUGCUGUGGAUCCUGUGGCGAGUUCAUCAUUGGACGAGUCAUCAAGGCCAUGAACACCAACUGGCACCCAGGGUGCUUCCGCUGCGAGCUAUGUGACGUGGAGCUGGCCGACCUGGGCUUCGUGAAGAAUGCGGGCAGACACCUCUGUCGGCCUUGCCACAACCGGGAGAAGGCCAAGGGCCUGGGUAAGUACAUCUGUCAGCGGUGCCACCUGGUCAUUGAUGAGCAGCCCCUCAUGUUCAGGAAUGAUGCCUACCACCCGGACCACUUCAACUGCUCCCACUGUGGGAAGGAGCUGACUGCCGAAGCCCGAGAGCUGAAGGGUGAGCUCUACUGCCUGCCUUGCCAUGACAAGAUGGGCGUCCCCAUCUGUGGGGCCUGCCGCCGACCCAUUGAGGGUCGUGUGGUCAAUGCACUGGGCAAGCGGUGGCAUGUGGAGCACUUUGUCUGUGCCAAGUGCGAGAAGCCCUUCCUGGGACACCGGCAUUAUGAGAAAAAGGGCCUGGCCUACUGUGAGACCCACUACAACCAGCUCUUUGGGGAUGUCUGCUACAACUGCAGUCAUGUGAUCGAGGGUGAUGUGGUGUCAGCCCUCAACAAGGCCUGGUGUGUGAACUGCUUCUCCUGUUCCACCUGCAACAGCAAGCUCACCUUAAAGAACAAGUUUGUGGAGUUCGAUAUGAAGCCUGUGUGUAAGAGAUGCUACGAGAGGUUCCCACUGGAGCUAAAGAAACGACUGAAGAAGUUGUCUGACCUGACUUCCCGCAAGGCGCAGCCUAAGUCUGUGGAUGUCAACUCUGCCUGAGGCUUCCUCCUCCUGGAUUCCUGCCUUUGCCCCACUGCCUGCCUGCCUUUUCCUGGCCACCUCCCAGUCUCCUUUCUCCAUCUCUUCUCUGUCCUGCCCUACCCUCUUACCACUCAAGCACGUCCUGCCUUUCCAUUCCCUUGUCUGUUCCUGCUUCUUGUCUUCUCCCUGGCCAGAUCCUCUCCUCCCUUCUCUGUGGGGGCCUGGCCCAUACCCCACAGCCACUUCACCUGUGCCUACAAGAGACAAGAACAAACGGAAGUCUCUUGCUCCUGCUUGAAUCGUGGUUCUCAGUUUGCCUGACACCUGUCCUUCCCCACAGAGGACCGGUUGGCCCCCAUUCUCCUGAAGGAGCCUCAACCUCAGAGUGGUCCCACUAUGUACACAUGGCAUCUGGGGCCCUGCAGCCAGGCCCAUGCAGAUGGAGGUGAUGGGGGCACCCUUUAGUCCCUCAGCUACACACUCAGCCAUGAAAGAUCCCUGUACCCACACUGGGCCGGCAAGUCCUGCCAUCCCACUUAACGAAACCAGCUGGAGGGACAAAGACCUCACUCCCUUCAUCACUAAGAAGGCCUUGCAAAAAUCCUGCUCUGGUUGUCCCGAGCCUGGGUUGAGCCUCUGGACAUAGUCGGCUAGGAGGUGAUAGGAAAGGGGUGACUUACUUCCAUAUCCUGGGAUAUAUACUUCCAUAUCCCUUGCUCUGUGGCCAGCACAGAUCUGGAACUGGACUCACACUUGCACAAUGAAAGCUGAUUCACAUGCCCUCAAUGGCCUGUGUGGUUUGUGGAGGAGGUGGAGUUACACACUGCUGAUGGAGCCACAGACUUCAGACAGGCAGGCAGAAGAGUUAGGCCGGACCCAGACCUUCCCAGGCCAGACUGUCACUGGGGUUUGGAAGCAAGGCCAGCCAGGCUGGGUAGAUGUACCCAUGUAGGCUGGCCUGAUAGGUGGAGUGGGUGUCUUUCAGACAGAGCUUAACAGUGGGAUCUGGGUGUGGGAACCCAAGCUCUGUGUUCAGCUCUGCUUAUUGCUGGGCACAGGCUGCCUUAUGGUUAAGGUGCACCUCUACCCCUGCCCUCCUGGGAGCAGAGAAGGUAUGGCAGAAAGGAGAAAGGGAAGGAGAAAAGUGUGGAGAGGAGCUUGGAAGCAGGAAUCUCCAGGGAGUGCCUUCUCCUCAGUCUGAGAACCGGA